GCCUCUCGCACCAAUUUGUUUACCUUAGCAACCAUGGCGGAGAUGGUUCAAGAUGUUUCUGAAGCGGAUAAACGACAUCUCGUUGAACUCGUCAAAGAACUCAGACGCUCCAAUGCGGUGCUCCGGGCAGAAACGGAUAUGUAUGAGCGGUAUAUUAGCCGCUUGGACCCCAGGGACUUGGUUCCUCAGCCUUUAUCAGAUUCCCUGGGAGCAGCUGCAGCAUCACAGUUGGAGAUCGGAGGGGGCCGUGGGAGAAAGAUUAAAACACGGACAAUGGCUCUGGAGCAGUUGCAACGUCUGACAUUGGAGCAAAAGUGUGACGUGGCACAGAGAGAGUUAGAUGAAACCAGGGAGGACCUGGAGAAACUGAAGGAGAGCUCAGAGAGAGUGCUCCACAACUAUAAGGCAACUCUGGAGGAAGCAGAUAUUCGACUUGUGGAGGUCAAGAAAGCAAGUUAUGAGUUUGACCGUGAUGUCGCUAAGGUGUUGAGGGAGAAGAGAGGUGUCAUGAUGGGAGCAGAGAAGGUCAUUCGUUAUUUUGAGGACAGGAUGAGAGCAAAGGACACACUGGUUGAGAAGCUGCGGUUGAAGAAUGCAGCUCUCCAUGUGCAGAAGAGGAAGCUGCAGUUACAGCUACGACAGAAAGAGGAAAUGGGUGAAGCCCUGCACGAGGUGGAUUUCCAGCAGCUGAAGAUCGAGAACAGCCAGUAUCUCAAACGCAUUGAUGAAAGAAACCAGGACCUUCUGCGCCUAAAACUCCUGGCAGGAAACAACCUGCAGGUUCUCAACUCCUACAAGAAGAAGCUGCAGAGCAUGACAUGUGAGUCAAAGCUGCUUAGUAGUGACAUCGCCUCCCGUAAGGAGAUGCUGGUGAAGAUCGAGGAGGAGACACUGCAGGCAGAAGAGGAGCGAGCCAAGGCAGAGACUCUUAACAGAAAGCUGCGAGGCCAGCUGGCAGACUUCCGUGUUCCCCACGUGCUGCAAUACAUCACAGCUAAGGCCUCCCAUAGCCAGCUCGAGCAGAGUGUCCGGGCCUGGGAACGAAAAGUCAAGAUCUCUGAGAUGGCUCUGAAGACACACACCAAGACCUGGAACAAGCUGAAGAAAGCUGCAGGAGCGGGACCUGUCACAGCCCGGUGAACCCGCACAUGCUUCCUAAUAAAUCUAUUCUCUGCAAAUAUUCAAUCAUCCAAAACAGUCAUAAAUCCAUCAGUCUCUUUUGUAAACUAUCUGAGAUAUAAACCCCCCUUAUAA